AAGGAGAAAGAAGGGCGCCGGAGCGUGUGUUGGAGAGCAGGGAGGAAGGGGCCCAGUGGGGAGCGAGUCCUUGUCCCCUCGGAGCCGCAUUGACACUCGAGGCACAAUCGGGCACAGAAUGGCUGUUUUAUAACUGGGAUCCUCCGUGACGUAUGGCUGCCUGCUCCUUGGCAGCUGUCUUUAUGGACCAGUAGGCAGAGGGAAAUUGACGCUGACGAGACUUUUGCAUCUUGGAAGGCACUGUAAUCUACUGUAGUGAAGAACAGAACCUCUCAAUCACGCAAGUGUCAAUAAGAGACGGAGGGGAGUCCGAAGAAAAGGAAGAGGAGGGGAAAAAGUGUGUGCUGGGGGAGCGGGGAAAAGCAUUUUUGGUGGAUGGUAUGAAGCCAGCCAUGGAAACUGCAGCCGAGGAAAAUACUGAACAAAGCCAAGAGAGAAAAGUGAACAGCAGAGCUGAAAUGGAAAUUGGCAGGUACCACUGGAUGUACCCAGGCUCAAAGAACCACCAGUACCAUCCCGUGCCAACCCUGGGGGACAGGGCUAGCCCCUUGAGCAGUCCAGGCUGCUUCGAAUGCUGCAUCAAGUGUCUGGGAGGAGUCCCCUAUGCCUCUCUGGUGGCCACCAUCCUCUGCUUCUCUGGCGUCGCCUUGUUCUGUGGCUGCGGACAUGUGGCUCUCGCGGGCACCGUGGCGAUUCUUGAACAACACUUCUCCACCAACACUAGUGACCACGCCUUGCUGAGUGAGGUGAUCCAACUGAUGCAGUAUGUCAUCUAUGGAAUUGCAUCCUUUUUCUUCUUAUAUGGGAUCAUUCUGUUGGCAGAAGGCUUUUACACCACGAGCGCAGUGAAAGAACUGCAUGGAGAGUUUAAAACCACCGCCUGUGGCCGAUGCAUCAGUGGAAUGUUCGUCUUCCUCACCUACGUGCUGGGCGUGGCCUGGCUGGGCGUGUUUGGUUUCUCUGCGGUGCCCGUGUUUAUGUACUACAACAUAUGGUCAACCUGUGAAGUCAUCAAGUCACCCCAGGCCAACGGGACAGCUGGUGUGGAGCAGAUCUGCGUGGAUAUACGGCAAUACGGUAUCAUCCCUUGGAAUGCUUUCCCAGGAAAAAUAUGUGGUUCUGCCCUGGAGAACAUCUGCAACACAAAUGAGUUCUACAUGUCCUAUCACCUGUUCAUUGUGGCCUGUGCAGGAGCUGGUGCCACCGUCAUUGCCCUGAUCCACUUCCUCAUGAUACUGUCUUCUAACUGGGCUUACUUAAAGGAUGCAAGCAAAAUGCAGGCUUACCAAGAUAUCAAAGCAAAGGAAGAACAGGAACUGCAAGAUAUCCAGUCUCGGUCAAAAGAACAACUCAAUUCUUACACAUAAAUGUUUGCCAGAGUGCUUCAGCCGACGAAUUUACAGCUCUGACAAAUCAUCAGAGAGCUGCCCUGCAGUGCAGAUGUGUAUCCCACCAAACAAACUAGUGUACAAGUACAAACACUUCACUGUCUGUCUCGAGCUGCCGGGAUAUAUUUCUAGGAAAACCUUCCAGUAGGUAAAUCUUUUGCUUUAGAACAGAUAUUGGAGGUUUUAUGCUAGCCAUUUUAAAAGGCAACACUUUGACAAAACGAUUGUUCAUCCUUUUGAAAUUUGUGGCAUGUUCAUAUUUAUUGCUAGAGCAAGCCUACCAAGACAGGCAAUGAGAAUAUGGCAUACUCCUUGAUAGGGACCUGUGAUGUGCCGGCAUCAAGGGAUGUGACCAUAAAUUCAUGUAUGCCAUCUGUCCUCAAAUAAAUGUAUCUAAAUAGGGAAUGGAAUUGGUGUGAAUUUCCAUUUCUGACAGCAGACAUUUAUUCAGCUGUGGCUCAUCAAAGAUAAUAUGAUUCUCACAAUUGACCAGGGCACAUUAAUUUCAUAAUCCAAUCAGAAAUCUAUUUUUCGAUAAUGCUAAAAUGAGCUACUAUACUGCUGCUACACCUGCCAUUGAAGAAGCUGGAUUCUGGUUCAUUGACAGGCUUCCAGAAUCAAUUUUAUAAAAGAUCUCAUUUUAAUAAAAUGACCCACUUGUCAUCAUUCUUCUUGGGAAAUAAAUGUCAGCUCUGCCUUAAUGAGUAUUUGCUUUAAAUUUCUAAGAACUUAUAUUACAACGGGAGACCCAAAAUCCUUCAUAGAAUUUUGUUCCACAAAUGCUUUUCUUAAUUAAGAAGUGUUACCUUAUUAAAAUGACCACCAUUCUAAACCAUUUUUAUGUGGUCUGAAAAGCGAGUUUACAGUUUCAUACCAACUAUCUAAAACCUAGUUACAAAUAGGCCACAGACCUCCUACUUUUAUAGACUUGAAUACUUAAGUAAUUUAAAUUAGGGUUGGUAUUUAUUUCACUUUUUCUUAUCUAAAUCUUAGUUUCCUGGAAUAAUAAAGUUCGAUGUUCAGAAAAAAAAAAAAACCAACAAAAAAAAAACCUGCUUGCGUUAAAGCCAUUUUCAAAAGAAACUUGCCUUCUAAAUCAGUGUGUUCCAGAACAUUAAGUGACUAUAGAUAUUGGGUAUUAGUGAUGGUAAUCUUUGUGUUGUUCUUUAUGAAAUGAUACAUAGAACUGUUGGGUGCAUCAGUGCUUUUUAAAAGGGGCUGCGUAAUAUAGGGUUAACUAUGUAUAUUCAUGUUAAGAAUUAACUUGUGGUUUGGCUGUUUCCUGGAUUUUAAAACAUACAUGUGCAGAAAUGUAUUAAAGUGAAAGGAAGCAUACCUUUGUCAAGACGCUAUUAAAAUUAAACAUCAAGUAUAAUAUUUCAUCUGGAUUCUUUUUGUUGCUGUUGUUAAUGCCUAAAAAUGCCCAUUUGGAUCUUGAUUGUUUUCUUUUUCAUUGGGAGAAGCUCUCUUCUGCGUAGAACAGUUGUUCCAGAAUAGCUUGGUGAUUUGUUCUCCUGUUGCAUGACAGACUUACAUAUUUUUUUCCAGCAGUGGAGGUGCUGUUAGAGUCCAGUGUUCUAGAAGAAGCAGUGUCUAAAGCCUAAUUUUCCUUUUCUAAUUCUGGUAGCUAUUACCAAGAAUUUUUGAAAGUUUUGUUUAAGUAGUCUAAUAUUUUUUAUGUAAAGAGCAUUAAAUUUUGCUAUGUAUAAAUUUUUGUAACCUAACAGUGAAUCAAUAUUUUCUAUCAGUGCCAAGGGCUUCCUGUAGUUCUAUUCAAGUGUUACAAUAAAUAUUUGUAGAUAAUAGUCAAUACUUGUGUAUGCUUAUUUUAAAGAUCUAUUGAGGUGGAAAUAGUUGUGGAUGUACUAAGAGAAAUUAAAUAAAAUUAUAGCUUCAUUCACUUGCCUUUUUACCAUACAUAAAUACUAUCUUUCUCUGU